AUGGGCAGACCAAGGCUUAUCAUCCUGAUCAGACACGCCCAGUCUGAGGGCAAUAAGAACCGCGAUAUCCACCAGACCAUUCCCGAUCACCGUGUCAAACUCACCCAAGAAGGAUGGCAGCAGGCGUACGAAGCGGGCCGCCGCCUGCGCGCCAUGCUGCGCGCCGACGACACGCUGCACUUCUUCACGAGCCCGUACCGCCGCACGCGGGAGACCACCGAGGGCAUCCUAGCGACCCUGACCAGCGACGAUCCGGAGCCGAGCCCCUUCAAGCGCAACAAUAUCAAGGUCUAUGAGGAACCUCGGUUGAGGGAGCAGGACUUUGGCAACUUCCAGCCUUGCAGCGCCGAGAUGGAGCGCAUGUGGCAGGAGCGUGCAGACUACGGCCACUUCUUCUACCGGAUCCCCAACGGCGAGAGCGCCGCCGACGCCUAUGACCGCAUCAGUGGCUUCAACGAGAGCUUGUGGCGGCAGUUUGGCGAGGACGACUUUGCGAGCGUCUGCGUCCUGGUCACGCACGGCCUCAUGUCCCGCGUCUUUCUGAUGAAGUGGUACCACUUCAGCGUCGAGUACUUUGAAGACCUGCGCAACGUCAAUCACUGCGAGUUCCUCGUUAUGCGCCGCAACGACGACAACGGCAAGUACAUCCUCGAGAACAAGCUGCGGACAUGGUCAGAGCUGAAGCGGGAGCGCGCCGAGGCGCUGGCCAGGGAGAAGGGCGAGGGCGGCAAGGCGAACGGAACCAGUAAGGAUGCCACCACGCUCGCCCGCGCCGCCACGGUCGAGGUUCGCCGUCGCUGGGGCGGCUGCCCAAACGGGUGCACUCACGACAAGAGCUUCAAGAUCCGCCCGACGCUGGCUGACCUGGUCAAGAGCGACAACAUCAUCUCUAAUCAUGCCGUCGGCCUGGCGGCAAACGAGGGCAGCAGCACCAGCGUUUUAGGGGGUAGCACCAGUACCGCCCUACACAACGGCUCGGCUCCUGGCACGGCCCACGGCAUCACCAACCUCUCGUUCGAAGGCACAGCCAACAGCCACACCAUCGUCAGCCGUCGGCCAGCCGCCAAACGCUUCCAGUCCCAAACCGCUGACGAAGCUAGCGACGGGGGCGAACCCGCGAUAAGCGGCCCGCAAAUUGAUGUGACCAGGGCGCACGAAGAUGUCGUCUCCAGCCCCGACGGCACGCCCUCCUUCAUCUCCGUCGACGACCGCAUCCGCUCGCGCCUCAAAAGCCCCAACGCGCUUCCACGACCGCUAGAACCGACGCAACUCCACGUCGGUCGCGACUUUGGCGGCACCUACAGCGGACACAAUAGCGGUGCCAGCGACGACGCGGACUCGUCGUCCGAGGAAGACGACGACGGUUCCCACCGCCGAGGCGCCGCCAUUACCCCUUCUCCAUGUUCCACCACCCCCAUCCCCAGCAUCCCCUCGUGCCCAACCACUACCAUCACCACAAAAACCUCCAUCACCGCUGCCUUCGCCACCACCACCACCUCCACGAACCCCAACGGCAGCGGCGCGGCAACCCACCAACAUCAACACCAACCCCAACAAAAGCCCACCCUCGGCGUCCCGCCGGCGGCGCUCCCGCACCGCCACCGCCGCGAACGGUCGCGCAUGGGCAGGGGCAUGCGCGCCAACCGGCUGGGCGACCAUCACAGCAGCGACGGGGAGCACGAGGCCGACGGCGAGUGUGAGCCGUGCAAUGACGACGACGAGGCUGACGAGGAGAGCGGGCGCGAGAUGGUUGCUGUUAUGCCCGUGGGCGAGGGCGUGCCUGUGCCCGUGCCCGACAACACCGCCGUGACCUGGGAGAGGGCGGACGAGGCGGAUGAGGUGCUCGCGAGGGAGGAGAGGGAGGAUCGGAGUACACAGGGGAGUGUUUAUUGA